UCAAAAUAAUUUCACAGAUACGUUCCUUAGGUGACCCUCUGUCAAAUUCACCCCAUUGUGAUUUAUUAAAAUCAUGACCGCCAGGGGCGGUGUUAGUUUUCACUAUAUAGAAACUUCCCUUCAGAAACCAUUGGCCCGAUUUAAAAACGUUUUCAUAGAAAUGUUCCUUAUGUGACACUUUAUCAAAAUUAUUAAUUGUAUUUUUUGUAUAACUUCAAACUUCAUGGACUUAUUAACAGUAACAUUGUGCUCUCCUGUACCAAGUUAUAUUACUCCGACUUAAAUAUUGUAAAAGUAAUGGCACUUUGUAACAUUUUGAACAAAUACCCAUUUUUCAUGUUUUUAUAAUCCCGUUUAAAACAUGGAACGUAUUAUAGUUUCACCUGCGGCGUACGGACGGGCGGCAUCCAGUAUGUUGUCAUAUCAAUAACUUUAGAACCCUCUGUCCUAGCAGGGAUAAGGAAUGACAGGUGGUAAAAUAGUAUGUGGUCCUCUUACGGGCGUAUCAAAAACGAGUUUCAGAAGAGCGUCAAUUUCUCUGCAGUAUUGAAGCUUGUAACUCGAAACACCUCGCCUUCAUGAAGCCCUGUGUGACGAACAAGACCCCAUAAGCAGGGUAAGCAUUUGCUAGGACAGCUGGAAAUUGUGUGUGGAUAAAAUACUACAAGGUGAACUUAAACUUAAGUGUUAUAUUUUACACUCAACUAGUCCAUAUUAUCCAUUUGUACAUUCUUUUUCCUCAACAUAAGCUCUCGAGAUUUUUCAGUUGGGACACAUUUCGUUAAAUGAAACAUGAUAAAAUAAAGAUAUUUCAUGUGCAUUUCCAUGCUCAGUUCCAUUUCUUUGUCCUGGUUCCAUGACGAAUGUUCGGGCCGGCAGCAGGGCGCCUAAAUCGACGCCUGGAUGCUGCGCUGUCAGAGUACCUCAAGAAAACAACGCCAGAUGCCGACAUUAUGCAUAAAAGGCUGCAAGACUGCCCUGACACAACAAAGGGAUUAUGCAGCCAUCUGGGGCAGUCUCACGCCAUCAGUGCCCGGAGACAACCGUUCAACUAUUUCCAGCAAUUCCAGAUGAUAUUGCUAGCAUUCGCGAACAGUCUUUUGGGGAUGUCAGUAAGGGGGAGGGGGCUCCGAUCAGGCCAAGCUGCAGCCACAGUCGUUCAUGCAGCAACAGCAGAUGACACGUCCUCGGCGCGAGUACAAACACAAGUACCAGCAGAUCGACACCAGGCGUCAUCCCCUCCGGUGCUGCAGCCCCAGUAGUGUGCCUCGGCGCACCGCGUUUCGCAUACACCUCGCAGUAAGCAUCAAACAUGCCAAGCGUUUUUGAGCAUCUGAUGCUGCAAGACCAGGCAGCACGGAGGUAGCAGCAGCAGCAGCAGAACUUCAACCUCAUGCUGAAUUUCUGGCGAAAACCCCGGCAACGCAGCCGCAUAAGACUUCUUGCUCAAAAUCAGCUCCCUACCUAACACCAUGGUCGCGUCCCCAUACACACAGGGAAACACGCUGGAUAAGAAGGGGGACAUAGAGAAGUACACAGUGUCCCAGUGCAUAUAUACAGACAGAAGAGGAACGGUAUCUCAGUGCAAACGCAGACAGUAGUGGAAUGGUAUAUCAAUUUAUACACAGACGGUAUUGGAACGGUAUAUCAGUGCAAACGCAAACAGUAAAGGAACGGUAUCUCAGUGCAUACACAGACAAUAUGUUGUGUAUUUUCAUGACUCUCACUUUGCUUCUAUAUUUGCAUGUGUUUUUAUGAAAGAAAAAAUCUUAAUUCAACUAUGAUUUUUCCUGUAAUAACUUGUAUGUCUAAUUGUAAUCAUAAUAUUCAAUGGUUUAAUAAUAAAAGUUACACAACAAAAUAUAUGAAAAGAAAACUUACACUUUAAUAUUUUUUUGAAAAUAAGAAAAACCACUUAAAA